AUGGCACAAGGCGCUGCAGCAGAUCGCCAUGUGCAACGCCAAUUGCAAAAGAUUGCGACAUGUCAUGCAUCCAGCUCGCAAGGAGGAGGCGGUCAAUUUGCUGGCGUGCAUGAGCUCAUUUCGGGAACAAUGAACGCAAUGGAUGUGUCAGCGCCCGCGUUGUGCGCGUCUGGUGACUGGUACCUGAGCGUCGACGACUGCGCCGCGCCCAGAUCUCACGAUGCUCGACGUCAUGCGGACCUCGUCGGUUCGGCUGGGCUCGAGGGCAAUUUCAGCUCGCCGUUGGCGCGUCAUGGGGGCUGCCCAUGGAUUUUGCGCCUGCGUGGCAAAAAUAGCAGGUAUGACAUCGACACGCAAGGAACACCAAAAUCUGCACACACUUUGUCGGGUCUCCAGCACGUACCUGAGCCAGGCGAUGGCAGCGCUUCCCGUCGCGGAAAACUCUGCCUUCCCGCCUCCACAGGCGUCUAG